CGUAUUUCUUGGCGCCCCGCCGACGGUAACACUACGCGGCACACUACAGCGAAAAAAAAUUCGAAACAGACGCGUUUGUCCGUUGAGUUUUGAUUUGUGAUUCCGACGCGCAGCCGUUGAGCGCAAUUCGCUUACAUUGUUGAUCAUUUUGUUGGUUAAAUUGCUUAAGCAGGUACGCGGUAUCGCUAACAAAAGGACGAAGAACCGGGCGACGCUGCCUAUGCGCGUCUGUGCUUGUGUGUUUGUGUGUGUGCGUGAGCCGCCGCUUUUUAAUUAAAUCACAAAUAAAUUGUAACAAAAAGUAGAAAAACAAACAAACAUGGAAAUGAUGCGCGCUAAAUGCAUGAAAACAGCGUCCAGUUAAUGAAAGUAAACGAAUCGAGUACAAACGAAUUAUUUGUCUCCUUGUGCGUUCGUUUUAUUGUGUUUCGAGUUCUGUUGGUGUGUGUUUUUGUGUAUGUUCCACGAGUUGUUCGCCUUAAAAAAGUAACUGCAGAAGAUCCAUGGAAAUGGAGACCAUUGAAGAGCAAUCGAAGUGCGAGAUGUCCAUAACAACGCUGCCCACGCGCAUCUGCCUGGUGGGAGGCGUUGGCCAGGACGCGGACACGCUGCAGGCAGCCGAAUCCUUUGGCCUGCCCAUCGUUACGUCGGACACGGGUCUGGACAUCCUCGGCGAGUCGUCGGACUGGCGAACGUUCUACGUGCUGGACGACUUCGAGGGUGCCAGCUUCGAGGCGAUACACAAGCAAAAGGAAUGCAUUCUGGGACCGCCGGCUUUGAAGUACGCGGCCGAGAUGAAACAGACACUGGGCCAGAACUCGCGGCCCAUUUACAAUUACGCGAUGCGCGGCGUGGUCACUUGUUUUACGGGCAUACGCAAGAAGGAUGAGCUGACGAAGCUGGUUAAUCUCAUUCACUCGAUGGGUGGCUGCAUUAAAAAGGAUCUGAACACGAAGACCACGCAUUUGAUUUGCAACCACAGUGGCGGCGAAAAGUACCAGUACGCCAAAACCUUUCGGUUGACCGUGGUUCGUCCUGCUUGGGUGUUUGCCGCUUGGGCGGAUCGUAAUUCGCUGGAGUUCGAUGCCACGCAAGAGAACUUCACCAAGACGCAUCGCCUGAAGGCAUUCGAGGGUCAAAAGAUUUGCUUCUUUGGAUUCCCUGUGGAGGAGCAUCAGCAUAUGGUGGAUGUACUUUUAGAAAACGGAGGCGUUUGUGCCGAGCUCGAUGAUCCGGAGUGCUCGCAUGUCGUGAUGCCCAAUACGGGCGCAGUAUUUACAAGCACUAGCACUAGCACAGAUACUAACCCAAGCACCCUAAUUAACCCACCCGAAUCCCAAAUCCCAGGCAGUAGUAGUGCAUCGCAGGCGGGGGAAGAAGAGCAGCGAAAGGCUGAGCAGGCGGAAAUCAAAAAGAUGGAUUACUCACACGCCGAAACGGACAAUGGAAUGAGAUUGGACAUUGACCAGGAGCAAAAAGAGAAUCAAGGCAUUGAAGACGAAGACGACAUUCACUUUGACGAACGCCUGUUUGUGGAGGCGGCCGAUAUUAUAAACCACGGAGAGGACCAAUUGCCUGAAUCAGAUGAAGAAGACCAGGAGGAGGAGCAGAAACCCAAGGUCGAGGAGGUUCUAAAAGAACAGGAAGUUGAGGAGGAUGUGCAAGCCAGCACGCCAAAGACUAGUAAAAUAAGAACUAGCUUAAAGGCUGCCACGCCUCUUAGCUCACCCGAAAUGGAUGGCAUUGCUUUGGACUUCGAGGGCACCACCCAGAACAUUUCACCCAUUUUAAAAGCUAUUGACGAGUGUGACUUAGAGACAGAUGAUCUGCCGCCUUCGGAGAAUGAUCUAAAGCGCAAGAGGGAAAGCUUCGACAAUGUGUCCCUGAUGUCAGUGGAUUCCUUUGCCCUGCCGGCGAGCACGAAAAAACCCAAACUCAUACGCACAGGAUCAAUUUCGAGGACUCUUCGGCGAUCUGUUAGCUUUGUUGCCGAACCAUUGAUGAAAACUUUACGGCCGCGCAGGAGUUCAGUGGCGGACGCAUCCAGUUUCAUUGGAAGCGAGGCAGCCGAUAAUUCAAUUUGCUCACUAGCCUCCUCAAUAAAUUUAACCCUAAAUGACUCCAUCAGAAAGCCAGUCAAGGAGAAGCUGCGCAGCUUUUGCGGCAGGAUCACAAGAAGCAGCAGUCGUAGGCAUGACAGAGGUGUCGAGGGCACUCCGGAAUGUACCACCCUAUUGGACAGUGGCUUCAAGACGCCAAAAGCACCCAAGCUCAGAUCUACGGCCACGCCCAAAACAGCCAAGCGACUCUUCGGCCCCGUCUCCGGUGUUGUUUCCGCAUUGACCCUUACUAACCCAUCCACACCCACCCCGAAUCCUAAUCCGAAUACGAAUUGCACCGCCACUUUGGAUGUCAACGAUGCCUCCACCCACACAUUCGCUUUCUGUGCUGCUGCCGUCACGCCUGCAAUGCAAUCAUCAUCAUCAUCGUCAUCUCCCAUACUAUCGACUUCGAUCGCUGUACAUAGCUCGGUGCAAGUAAUUAAGUCUCCCGAAGAGUCGACAACGAGGCGUCACAGCCCCGCGCCCAUAGAAGAACCCAUGGCAAUGGUGGUUGACGAGCACACGACUUUGACAAAGCCGGAGCCGAAGAAUAAUCACACGCAUAUCCUGAAAUCAGACUGGUUCUGGUAUACCAUACAGAAUGGCUAUGCCAAUGAGAUGGACUAUCUGUUUGGCGACUAUUUGGAUAGCAUCACGAAUACACCGAACACAGAUCGUCGGGAUUCCUUACCCAUUAGCUUUAACAAGAGGAAACGCAAGCGUUUUUCGCAACGCAUCCAGCUGGAGGGUACUCCGUUGGGUUCCGGAAAACGACGCUCCUCCGUUUCGGAUGCCGGUCUACUGUCCGUAUCAAAUAGUUUGUUCGACUGCACCACCAGUCCGGAUAAACUGGAGUCGGAUAAGCUGCUGCAUGCCGAGCCGGAGGCGAGUGAUGCCACUCCAGCCAAGAAAUCGAUGCGCUUUAAUCACUUUAUGGACUUUUAUACCACAGAGUCCAACUACGUGGGCAUAUUGGACACCAUACUGAAUCUUUUUAAAAACAAGUUGGAAGAGUUGGCCGAAACCAAUGAUCCGCUGCUCAAUAAGUCGGAGAUCAAGACGAUCUUUGGCAACUUCCUGCCUAUCCACGAGGUACACCAAAGCAUGCUGGAGCAUCUGCGGAAGUUGCAUGCUAACUGGCGGGAGGAUUGUCUUAUUGGAGACAUAAUCAUUCAACAUCGCGACGAGCUGAUAAAGGCGUAUCCACCAUACGUCAACUUCUUCGAGCAGAUGAAGGAGCAACUGCAGUACUGCGAUCGGGAAUAUCCGCGUUUCCACGCCUUUCUGAAGAUUAAUCAAACGAAACCGGAGUGCGGACGCCAAGGUCUACAGGAUCUGAUGAUCCGUCCGGUUCAGCGAUUGCCCAGUAUCAGUCUGUUGCUAAAUGAUAUCCUAAAACAUACGACUAGUGGCAAUGCAGAUCACGGACGUUUGGAGGAGGCUCUGAAAGCCAUCAAGCAGGUGACACUGCAUAUCAACGAGGACAAAAGGAGGACAGAAUCGCGCAUGGCCAUCUUCGAUAUAUUCAACGAUAUCGAAGGGUGUCCGGCGCAUUUAGUGAGUUCCAACCGCAGCUUUAUCCUAAAGUGUGAGGUGAACGAGCUCUCCGACUCGCUGAGCGGUCGUGGUGAUAGCCUGGUCCUGUACCUGUUCUCCGAUUCCAUUGAGCUGUGCAAGCGGCGUUCUAAAGGAUUCAACACUGCAAAGUCGCCAAGCACGGCCAAGACGCAUAAGCAUCUCAAACUGAUAUCCCUGAAUACGAUCCGGCUAGUGAUUGACAUCUCGGAUAGUCCAAGAGCUUUUGGUUUGCUCUUGCGGGGCGAUAAGGAGAAGCUCUAUACGUUUACGAUCAGUGAUGAGGAGACGGAUAAGUCGGUCUAUGUAAAGAAAUUGUGCAACCAGAUUGCAGCCCACACCUGCCGUACUGAUGCGGACAAACUUUUGAUUUGUCGUACCUCCCAGGAACUGGAGGUGGACAUAAGCGAUGUGAAUGUCAGCACGCUCAGCAAAGCCUUUAAACUGGCAGCCAAAACGCGACUCAAGGUGGGUCGUGCUUUCUCCUUCAACAAGACGCCCAACAAACUGAAACGGGCCGUAUCCACGAUGAUGACUUCGCCGUUUGGCAGCACCAACUCUCUAACACCUGCCUCUCAAUUGGCCCAGAUGCGUUUGGCCAGCUGCACGAAUAUAAAUGAGGUUGAUGAUGAGGACUGUGCAAGCAUGCGAAGCAGUUCCCCGUCAACACAAUCCGAGAUGCUAGUGGUGCCGCCACUUUCGGUGCAACCCACGCGGAAAAACAAGGCCGUUGUUGGCCGCAUUUAGAGCUGAUGAUGAUGAUUCCACAGUCAAUUUGUGUAUUCCAUUUUGGAAGUCUCUUUGGAGAGAGACUCGCUUGCAGUGCUAUUCCCUGGGCAUUGGUCGCCCAUGUCCGAGUGCAUAAACAAGCUUCGAAUUCGAAAUCUCACAACACAACCAGAAACAAAUUAUCAAGCGUCCAAUAUUGUUUAGAUUUUAAAAUGUAUUGUUAAGUUGCACAUGUCGAUAGGAAGGCUCGGAAAUGUUGAAGCGUUUGCCGGAGCUGUCGAUUGAUCAUGAUUAACUUGUAAAUAGUUCUCCUUAUGUGUACCCGUGCCCGAAUAAUUGUGUCGCGUCGCUAAAUGUAACCAACUACUCAUUGCAGUGACUAGGGAUCGAAUUCACGCACGCACCGAACGAUCGAUUCGAAUGGGUUUCGGUCGGAUGAUCGCCACACCGCAACAAGCUGUGAAUGUUUACUGAGUAAAUUUUUUAAAAACCCUACCUUACCAUAUUGAUUAUAACUCAACGAUUUUGCUUGAGUAGGCAAUUACGACCCUAAGUCGUAAGGCAUUCAAAGCAUGAAGAUGUUUAAGUUAAUAUAUGAACCAUGAUUAAAGGAAAACAUUUUUAAA